CAGGCUCCAUGCCCAGUGCGGACCCUGUCUCAGGACUUCAUCUCACAACACUGAGAUCAUGACCUGAGCCAAAAUCAAGAGUCUGAUGCUUAGCUAACUGAGCAACCCAGGCAUCCAACCACAAUACUAUUUUUAAGAGCAAAUAUAAAUUUGAAACAACGUCCAAAAGAGAAGGAUACACAAAUUGCAGCAUAUUCAUACAAUGGAAUAUCAUACAGUAGUGACCUUGCAUGAACUAGAACUAUACUUCUCAAAAUAUUUGCAUAUCAUACUUUAUAUUGCUUAAGGGAUACACACACACACACACACACACACACAUCAGAAUGGUAAGCACUAAAUAGGAUAAUGAGUUUGGGUGGUGGGAGAGACACAUAUACGGAAACAUAUAUACAGAAUCACUGAUUUCUGAGGCUGGGUCUUGCUUACAUGACUUAUGACUUGUUUUGAAUUACUCAGCUGUUAAUUAUUGCAUGAUGCACAUUUAAAAGGAAAAUUUUAAAUGUGAAAAUCAGAGAAGAAGAAUAAAGUGAUUGAAUUCAGGAAGUCCUGCAUAAAACAGCAAUUUUCCCAUGGCUCUAACAAAGCAAGGCAAGAAGCUCCAUAAAUAAAUUGUUUGAAUUUCUUCCUCCCCUUUUCUCAUUAGCAAACAAUGUUAUCGGGUUUUUCCAAACUUUUAAGGUAAUUGAGAGCUUUCAGUAAAUGUUUUGGUUUUCUGUUGUUUUUAAUUGUCAGGUUUAUAAUCCCGCCCCACCUCCACCCCCUAUCAGUCCUGCCUUCAAAACUGUGUGGUUUGUUCUCCCUGUAUCAGGAAACACACUUGGGAAAGGAACCAUCCCUGAAAGUUAACUAUGGACAGACGUUACCCACAUAAACAAGCACUUUGGAAUCCUCAAUAAUGUUUAAGACAAAGAAAUGGGCAAACAAACCACGGGCUUUCAGCGAAUCACAAGAGAGCAUGGCUGGUAAUGUAGUUGUGGGGCUCCUGUCCUGUUCCUGUGGUGGCUUCUGUUCUCAAGGUCUCUAAAACCACAAAGACCACCACACAGAGCUUGGCCAGCAAUCUGCUGAAUGGAGAUGACAUCUUACAUAUAUUUUCUAAGUCCCAGUGCCCUGUGGGGAUCUCUCUGGGGGUGUUUCCUGAUGGCCAGGGCAACAGUCCUGGUUGAUCUCAUCUUAUUUGGAAUUUCAGACAGGACCAGACUUCGUGUUCUUCAGGAUCACACUGGGAUGUCUGCUUUACAGAAAUUGACAGCAAGACUCAGGCAAAUAAAGGCUAGUCCUUGGAAACCAUUUGGGAUGGCUUCCACUUUGGGGGCAUUCUAUAUAGGCCAAGCAGGGCAUGUGACCACUGCUCAGAUGGGGCUUGGAAAGGGAAGAAUUCAUUUGUGGGGGACAAGUCGGAAUAGAUUUAAGCAGGCAUGACGGCCCAUGAAGACUUGGUAACUGCCAGAAAAUCAGGUAACACGCCUUUAAACCCACUUCUCAGUGUGAUGCCACCGGUCCUUCCUACGCAACCCCUGGGGCAAGGUAGGUCUGCCCUGCCCAGGAUGGCAAGGGAGCAGCCUGGUGUGGAAACGCCACGCCUGGGUUCAGAGCCGGUCCGCCGGAUUCUCCACUCUCCACGGGAUCCCGCGAGCUCCAGCCCCGUCGGGCAGCCCAACAGGGGGAUGCUGGCCUUGCUGCUCUGCGGCGUGUCCCUCGCGCUUCCACCCUUUGUCCAAGCAGAUGCAUGCAAGGACGUUAGUAUGCAAAACGAGGCACCUUCAGCAGGCCAGCCUUUUGCUUUCAAUUGUACGCACCCGCCACUAACAUCUGGGCAAGUACGGGUAACAUGGUAUAAAUACCCUAGCAAAAUCCCAAUAUCCAAAAACACACAGUCUAGAAUUCACCAGGAGCAAAACUGGAUUUUGUUUCUCCCCCUGACACAGGAGGACUCUGGGAUCUACCAAUGUGUUAUAAACAGCACAAGCACCUGUCACAGAAUCCAUGUGAACCUCACUGUGUUAAGAAAAUACUGGUGUGGCAUUUCCGGAAACGGUCCGCUGAUUUUAUCAGAUGAAUACAAACAAAUAUUACAUGCUGGAAGGGACGACAGUCUUACCUGUCAUCUGAACUUCCCACAGAGCUGUGUUUUGGAUUCACUAAAGUGGUAUAAGGGCUGUGAGGAGAUUAAAGGAGAACGGUUUAUUUCCUGGGAAACAAGGCUUUCAGUGAGCAACGUUUCGGCCGAGGAUGGAGGGAACUAUGCAUGUCAAGCCCGACUGACACACGCAGGGAAACAGUACAGUGUUCUAAACAGCAUCACUGUGCAUAUCGCAGAAACAAAUGGAUAUGCAGGAAGAAUUCCUAAAAUCAUUUAUCCAAAAAACAACUCAAUUGAAGUACAACUUGGCUCCGCCCUUACGGUGGACUGCAACAUCACAGACACGAGGGAUAAUACAAAUCUCCGAUGCUGGAGAGUCAACAACACCUUGGUGGACGAUUACUACAGUGACUCCAAACGCAUCAGAGAAGGAUUGGAAUCCCACAUUUUUUUCCAGAAACAUAUUUUUUACACAGUGAACAUAACCUUCUUGGAAGUGAAAAUGGAAGAUUAUGGCCAUCCUUUCAUCUGUCAUGCUGGCGUGUCAGCAGCCUACUUCAUUUUAAAACUCCCAGCUCCAAAUGUUCAAGGUUACUUGAUAGGAGGGCUUCUUGCCUUGGUCAGUGCCACAGCGUCUGUCACGUACCUUUACAACAUUUUUAAGAUCGACAUUGUACUCUGGUAUCGAAGUGCCUUCCAUUCUGCUGGGACCAAAGAAGAUGGCAAGCUGUACGAUGCUUAUGUCUUGUACCCCAAGCCUCAAAGAGAAUUCCAGAGCCAUGAGGUGGACACGCUGGUGUUGAAGAUUCUGCCCGAGGUGCUGGAGAGGCAAUGUGGAUAUAAAUUAUUUAUAUUUGGCAGGGACGAAUUUCCUGGACAAGCUGUGGCCAACGUCAUCGAUGAAAACACCAAGCUGUGCAGAAGGCUGAUCAUCAUCUUAGUCCCCGAAUCCCUGGGCUUUGACUUGUUAAAGAACAUGUCAGAAGAACAGAUUGCAGUCUACAAUGCCCUCAUUCAGGACGGGAUGAAGGUCAUCCUGAUUGAACUGGGGAAAGUCAAGGAUUACACGGCCAUGCCGGAGUCGAUUCAGUACAUCAGGCAGAAGCACGGGGCCAUCCAGUGGAGUGGGGACUUCACAGAGCAGUCACAGUGCGCAAAGACCAAGUUCUGGAAAAAAGUGAGGUAUCACAUGCCACCCAAAAGGCCUCCACCCUCUUUUGCCCAGCUGUUGGAGCACACGUCCUGACACCUCACGGCUGGCUAGUGGGAGGCCAAUGUGGGGUUGGUCACCCGUGACGGUGUUGUCGGCAUGGGGUGGCUCACGGUUGGACAAGGAUGCAUUGCAUUUGGGCUGUCGGCUUGAAGCUUGCCGUUGUGUACUUGUUGCGACAGGGCUUCUGUCUGUUGCUCGUUUUGAUCAGGGCUCCUUCUUUAGGGAAAGAUGUCACCUUUCCAGAAGGCCCUCAUUCACUUACGGGCUCUGAGGAACACUCCAUGAACACAGAGCAGAUGAAGCAUGUGAGCCCCUGGGGAAGGGAACAUGGAGGAUGGUAGUGGCAGUUGAGAUGUCAAGAAGUUUGGUGCAUGGUGUGGCACCCAUCGGGCCAGAGAUGGAAGUCGGGGUGGCAGGAGGCAAUCUGUGGGCUUGGGGAGUGCUGGCAAGGAGAACCGCACAUUUUUUGUGACCACGAUCUUAGCACACUCAUACUGGGAGCCACGUAGUGGUCACAUAGACCAGAGGGGACCAAGUGUGGCCCCACUGGGAUUGCCCAUUAAUCACCCUCCUGUAGGGCCCCAGCCUUGAAAGACUUGAUCUGUUGAAUCAAAAUAAGUAACAAUCCACUCGUUUUUCCAGCUGGCCCAUGAAGGGUGGGAUUCUAAGCUACAUGUGAGAGACA